UUUAGACCGAACCGAACAAAGAUUAAGUAUUGCAAAAUUAAGAACAAAAAAACUCCCUUAAGAACCGAACAAAGAUUGAGACCGAAUAACUGAUUUUUGGACCAAGAUUAAGAACACGAAAACGAAACAAAGAUUAAGAACAAAAAAACUGGAAGACUAAAUCGAACAAAGAUUAAACACGAAAACCAAAGAUUAAACACAAAAAACAAAGAUUAAAUACAAAAAACCCUAAAUCUAACCCUAAACGAACACAUUAAACCCAUAAAAUUAAACACAAAAACAAAUCGAACAAAAAAAAAGUGGAACAAGACUAAAUCGAACACGAAAACGAAACAAAGAUUAAGAACAAAAAAACUGGAAGACUAAAUCGAACAAAGAUUAAACACGAAAACCAAAGAUUAAACACAAAAAACAAAGAUUAAAUACAAAAAACCCUAAAUCUAACCCUAAACGAACACAUUAAACCCAUAAAAUUAAACACAAAAACAAAUCGAACAAAAAAAAAAUGGAAGAAGACUUACUUGGACGGUUGGACCGGCUGGAGAGGAGUGGCGGUGGGCCGGUGGCGAACUGGCUGGAGAGGAGCGGCAGGGAUUAGGCGCGGGAUUUAGAGAGAGAAUGAAAAAAAGGGAAGGGGUUAGGGGACGGCGCUGCUGAGUAUCAGAGAAUUAGGAUUAAGGGUUUUUAGGUUUUUAGGGAGAGAAUCAGAGAAGGCGCGGAGCAAUUAGCGAAAUACACUUGGGCUUAUCAACGGUUUAGAUUAGAUCCCUUGAUCUAACGGUUCAUAUUAGUUUUUUUUUUUUUUUUUAAAUAUAUUAGAGUAUGUUUAAUCAAUGGUUUAGAUUAAUUGAUUUCAAAAUGAAGGGUUAUGAUUUAUCAUGCCUUUUGCCAAGUUGACAAUCCAUGUAUUGAGGUUGUGCACCAAUGGGAUAAUCUUAUGUGUUUUUUUUUUUUUUUUACAACUAAAUUUUUUUUUAAAAUAUGAGUAAUUCAUUGAUUUAAUGGUUUCUAAAUAAACUUCUUAAUUUUAAUAAAUAAACCUCUUUCUUUCUUAUUUCUAAAAUAUAUAUAUAUAUACUUCUAAUUAUGCAACUAUUAUUUUAUUUGCCAAAAAAAAAACAAUGUUAUAAUGUUAUUGGUAUUUAUAUAAUUCUAUAUUGAAAUUGAAAAGUCUAUAAAUUACACCCAAAAAGAUAAUCGUUAGAAUAAUUCACGAGUUGAUUUAUCAAAUAGAAAUAAUUAACAUGAUAUGAUCAAAUAUAUUAAUUAAUUAUAAUCGAUUUAUCAAGUUGAAAAAUUAGACUUAUGAUCAAAUAAAUUAAUUAACUUAAAUCGAGUUGAUUAGUUUUCGAAAACCUCAUUUAAAAUCAAACAUAUCAACGUAGAUGGAUUUACAUGUUAACUUGUCAUGAUUGACUUAGAUAGGACGAAAUAGAAUGAAAAACCAAUCAAUUAACUUAGAUCGCUGGCAGCUAGAUUGAUUAGAUAGAUUGAUCACAUUAGCUUAAAAUAACACACCCAUGGGCUAACAAGGGUCAAGUCGAUCAAUUAACAUGUUAUGAUCUAUUAAUUAACUUAGACGGAGUUGAAUAGUUGAAUUUGAUGUCAUAAAACUCAUAACCUAACGACAUCUAUAAAACUUGAUGUGAGGUUCCACCUUCUAUAUAUCAUUCCCAUCAUGGAUAAACGCAUGAUCAAUGACAUUAUGAGGCAACACGAUGCGAUUUUUUACCAAAUUGGAACAGAAUAAUUGGAACAUAAUUGAACUGAAUUAAAUCAUGGUUUAAAUGAAUUGAACUGAACUGAUAUCAACCAAAUUAACCGGAAUAUCGGUUUAACUGAAUUGAACCGAACCGAUACCAACCAAAACUGAACUGAACAGAACUGAAUCCCGGUUCAACUAAAUUGAACUGAACCGAUACCGACCAAAACCGACCGAUUGUGACCGACCGAUUCAGACCCGCAUAUCGAUUGUGACCGACCGAUUACCGAUUUUGACCGCCCGGUUAUGAUCUGUAUACCGAUUACGACCUGCAAAAAACCGUUUUUGACCGACCGAAUGUGACCUGUUUCCGGUAAUGACCGGACCGAUAAAUACCGGACCCAUACCGACCGACACCCGCCAAGGAAAAAAACCGGAUUCGACCGGAUACCGAAUAAACCGACCGAUACCGACCAGUACCGAAAGACUUAUACGACCUGCUUUUGACCGACCGUUUUUUACCGAACCUGUUUUUGACCGACCUGUUUCCGACCUUUUAACCCGUUUUUACAGCCCUAACAAUGCAGCAAAAUAACGAUAUUAUAUUUUUAUGGAAUAUUUGAUAUUUUAUAAUUUAAAUUUUUUCUAUUGUCUUUAAAUAAACUAUGGCAAUAUUAUUAAAUAUCAAAUAAAAUUUCAAUUGAUCAUAUUUUACAUUAUAUAUGAAAAAACAUAUACCAAAUAGUUGCUACAUGAACAGUAGCAACUAUUAAAAUAAGAGGAAGUAUUAAGAAUACUCAUCCUUUACUUGCUCAAGAAAGAUUGGUAACACAAACUUGCAUUAUCAAACGAGACAAUCAUUUUCCCUCCCCCAUCAUCCAUUUUAUUCCUUUCCCCCUUCCUUUGAUCUUUCACAAUUCCUAUACAUAUCUUACUUGUCUCAACUUCUUUGAUCCUCAUUUUCUUUGCCAACAAAAUCAUCAACUAUGCCUAUAAUGAACCGUCCUCGAGUCGUGAUCGAAGAAAUCCGAAGAACACGAACUUACAGAUUCUUUUGGUGCCGAAAUUGUGAUCGGACUGUAAGGGUUGCAUCUAAUAACCCUUCGCACAAUUCAUUAUGCCCAAUUUGUUACCAAUUUUUAUGGCAAGAACUCCAUGUUUCAAGACCUAAUUCUUCUAAUUCCUCGCCUUCAACCGCUCAAUUGUUAGACACUAUGGCUCAAUUCAUCAACCCACGCGAAUCGAUCAUUCCAAGGCCUGUAUCACCUCACGAAAAUGCAGUAAAUCAAGUGCGAUCGUCUGAUCGAAUUACUGAAAAUCAGACGGAUGAGAAUACAACAAACUCAAUAAUGCCAAUAGUCCGCGUAACAUCUGAUACAUUCGGCAGUGAUUCAGACUCAACCUGUCCAGUAUGUAAAGAAGAUUUCGCGAUAAAUGAAGAAAUUAGAAAGUUGAAUUGCAGCCAUUAUUACCAUUCAGAUUGUAUCAUACCUUGGUUGCGAAUCAAUAAUACUUGCCCUGUGUGUCGUUAUCAGCUCCCAAUAAAUCGAUCUUCAAAUGAUCAUCAUGAUCAUAAUAAUAAUGAUUUAGGAACUGAUGUUUUUCGAGGUGUAAAUUAUGGUCGAAAUCGUUAUUAUGAUGAUGUUGAUUAUGAUUUUCGAUUAGAAGAUGUGUUUAAUUUGAGUUGGCCGAGUUGGGCUGAGUUAUUGUCGUUGUUAUGGCCUUUUCGGUUGAGCUCUUUGCUUGAUUGGAGCUUGCCAGAUUAGUUGUAAUGUAAAUUAAUGGUGAUCAGGAAUAAAACAAUGUAAUAAUGGUUUUUUCAUGAUUGUUUUAUUAAUAAAAUGUAGGUAUCGUAUAAAUUUUAUUUUUAUGAAACUUAGGAUUGAUAAAUUAGUAAAUAACUUAAAGAUAAAUUAGUAAAUAACUUAGGACUGAUAAACUACCGGAAAAAUUCGGACAAGCUCGUAUUUGGUUUAGGGCAGGCGGGACGAAGGCCCAGGGCCCUAUAUUUUAAAAUUUAUAUUGCUUGAAGU